UUUAAUCACUUCUUCUAACACAAAAUUCACAAGCCUUCUUCUAACUUUCCAUAGCCGCCAGUAAUGGAAGCAGAACAUGUCAUGAACCUCUUUGAUUCUUUCUGGUUAGACCAAAACAUUUUGAACAAAACAUCAUCAUCAAAAUCAUCAACAAAUUCUGCAGAAAAUGUAGAAAAUCAGGUGGUGAAAGAGUCAUCAGAUUCAGAGGUACCAAAGCUUCACCGGAUCCGAACAGGGCACACUCGAUCCAUGAGUGACCAAUCCAUAGCAACAAGUUUCAACCAUGAAUCUCUUUCACCAAACUCUGUUCUCCUUGCACCAAAACUUCAAACCAUUUUCUCAGGUAAAGAAGUCGUAGACUCAGAAGCUGAAGAAACCCCUGUGGUUCAGCAUCAUGAGGUUCUGUUAUCUGAGAAGAACAACAAUGGUAACAGCACCAGCUGUGAAAAGAAGAAGAAGAACAGGGGAAGCAAGAGUUUAUCAGACCUUGAAUUUGAGGAGCUAAAAGGGUUCAUGGAUCUGGGUUUUGUUUUCUCACUGGAAGAUAAGAAUUCAAGCUUGGCUUCAAUCAUUCCUGGGUUGCAAAGGCUAGGAAAGAAGGAAGAGGAACAAGGAGAAGAAGAAGAAGAAGAAGAUUCCAAUGAGUCUUUGGUUCCAAGACCUUAUCUUUCUGAAGCAUGGGAGUUUCAUGGAAAAAGGAAAAAAGAGAACCCUUUGAUGAAUUGGAAGGUCCCUUCUUUGAAAAAUGAAAUCGACAUGAAAGAUAGUCUCAGAUUAUGGGCACAUACAGUUGCUUCAACUGUCAGAUGAUGCAGUUAAACUUCAUCAUCUAAUUUUUUUCUCACAUACACUUUUUGCCAAUAUCUUUGAGAUUAUUGGUUUUAUACAGGAUAAUAAUGUAACUACAUUUUUUCCCCUUCUUUCUAUAUAUUCCCUUUGAUUUUUUUUUGCAAUUCUGCAUUCUAUACACUUGUAAACUACUGUGAUUUUGAGUAAUAAGGGAAUAAAUUUCAUUCAGCAUUUCA